AUGUACAAUCGAGCACUGGAGGGGUAUAAGGCACUUGGGUGUGGCUAUACGUCGACUCUCGAUACUAUUAACAACCUAGGUGUUCUCUACCAGGACCAAGGCAAGCUCAGCGAGGCUGAGGCGAUAUAUAAUCGAGCACUAGAAGGGUAUAAGAAGGCACUUAGGUGUGGCUAUAUAUUGACUCUCGAUACCGUCAACAACCUAGGUGUUCUCUACCAGGACCAAGGCAAGCUCAGCGAGGCUAAGGCGAUGUACAAUCGAGCACUAGAAGGGUAUAAGAAGGCACUUGGGCGUGAUCAUACAUCGACUCUCGAAACCGUCAAUAAUCUAGGUGUUCUCUAUAAUGACCAAGGCAAGCUUAGAGAGGUAGAGACAAUAUUUAACCGAGCACUAGAAGGGUACGAGAAGGCACUUAGACGUAACCAUAUGUUAACUCUUGAUACCGUCCACAACCUAGGGGUGCUUUACAAGGACCAGGGUAAGUUUGAAGAGGCUGAGACAAUGUUCAACCGAGCACUAGAAGGAUUCCAGUCCGCCCUUAGAUAA